AUGUUUAGCGCCACAUUUGGUGUAAUGAAAGAAAUGAAGCUACGUGCUUAUAGCAAACCACCGCCAAGUUAUAAUCAGGUGAUUGCCGAUGAAGCGCCACCUCCGACCUAUGCUCAAGCAAUAGAACGACUAAAUUCUCCCGUU